GGCGGCGGGACCUACGGAGAGCGAGGAGCCGCGGAAACAGGCAGAGGGUGAGGGCGCCGCCGGCCCGCCCGCCCGGCCCCCUCCGCACGGCUCCCGCUGGAGUUAGCAGAGGAACUGGCAGGGCUGGCGGGAGCUCCGGCGCGGGCAUGCACUGCACUAGGCUUGACAGCUUCCUGGGCCAGCUCCGCUGGGAACUGCUGUGUGGCCGGGACACAGGAUCACCCCCAAUGCCUGGCCCCCUUCAGCCACCCCACAAACCUGGCCCAGGUGUCCGGCUCAGCCACCGGCUCAGGCCCUCAGAUACCUUGGAAGAGGACUCCGUCUGCUGUGUGGAGGAAGAGGAGGAAGAAGGUGUGGUGACAAGAGACAGGGGUGUAGCUUUAGGAGGCCCCAAAGAGCAUGCCCUGGACUGGGACUCGGGCUUCUCUGAGGUGUCAGGCAGCACUUGGAGAGAGGAGGAGCUACCUGUAUUGCGGCAUCCAGCACCCCCAGUAUGGCGACCCCACAGACAGCGCCUCUCAGCCAGUGGCAUCCCCCUAUCCAGCGGGACCCCAGUGACCAGUGCACCACCUGCUCAGCGGCCACGGCCCAAGUCCACCCCAGAUGCCUGCCUGGAGCACUGGCGGGGGCUGGAAACUGAGGACUGGACAGCAGCCCUGCUGAGCAGAGGUCGCAGUCGCCAGCCCCUGGUGCUGGGGGACAAUUGCUUUGCUGACUUGGUGCACAACUGGAUGGAGCUGCCUGAGGCAGCAGGUGAGGGAGACAACGGGGGUGGGCCCCGUGCCCGUGCUCGCCCCCCCCAGUUCCUGCUUGGCCUCUCUGAGCAGCUGCGGCGCCAGCUGGCCAGGGCCCGCCGGGCAACUAUGGCAGGAAAGCGACUGUCAUGCCCACCUCGCCCGGAACCCGAACUGCCUGCAGACGUAUCACGCUUUGCAGCCCUCAUGAGCUGCCGCAGCCGCCAGCCCAUCAUCUGCAAUGAUGUUGUCAGCUACCUCUGACCCUGCCCUCCAGCCUGGGACAAUAAAGACCUUU